CAGGGUACAGCGGCACUCGGCCGGCGCCCGACGCCAUCUGGGGUGGCCAGAGUCUGUCCCAGCUCCGCCGCCAGCACGCAAGCCAGAAAACAUAAUUCAGAGCCGUCGCAGGCAGCAGCCGCCCCAGCGUCCCGGGUCUCCCCGGCUCAUCACCCGGCGGCACCGAGGAGGCGAAGAUGCCAGGCAGGAGCAUGGUGGUGGUGCUGGUGCUGGCACUGUGCCUGCUGCCCCCCUGCGCCGGGCAGAAUCACCGGGAGGAGGCCGAGCGCAUCAUGACGACCACGCCGGUCAUCGAUGGGCACAACGACCUGCCCUGGCAGCUCCUCAAGAGAUUCAACAACCAGCUGGGGUUGCCGGAGGCCAACCUCAUGACGCUGAACAGCACCCACACCAACAUCCCCAAACUGCGCCAGGGGCACGUGGGCGGGCAGUUCUGGUCGGUGUACGUGCCCUGUGACACUCAGAACAAGGACGCGGUGAAACGCACGCUGGAGCAGAUCGACGUGGUGCAGCGCAUGUGUGAGCUCUACCCCGAGACCUUCUCCUGCGUCGUUGACAGCGCCGGCAUCCGGCAGGCUUUCCAGGAGAAGAAGGUGGCCAGCCUCAUGGGGGUGGAGGGUGGCCACUCCAUCGACAGCAGCCUGGGCGUCCUGCGCACCUUCUACCGCCUGGGCGUCCGCUACAUGACCCUCACCCACAGCUGCAACACCCCCUGGGCUGACAACUGGCUGGUGGACACUGGGGAAGAACAGCCCCAGCACCGUGGCCUCUCGUCCUUCGGGAAGAUGGUGCUAGCGGAGAUGAACCGCCUGGGCAUGAUCGUGGACCUGGCCCACGUCUCAGUGGAGACCAUGAAGGUCGUGCUGAACAUCUCCAAAGCCCCUGUCAUCUUCAGCCACUCGUCCGCCUUCGGCCUUUGCCAGAAUCGCCGCAACGUGCCUGAUGACGUGCUGAGGAUGGUGGCCAACACGGGGAGCCUGGUGAUGGUCAACUUCUACAACGACUACGUGACAUGCAAGGACACAGCCACGCUGGCUGACGUUGCAAAUCACAUGGACUAUGUGAAGAAGGUGGCCGGUGCCGAGUACGUCGGCUUUGGUGGGGACUAUGAUGGUGUCACGAGGCUCCCCACCGGCCUGGAGGACGUCUCCACCUACCCGGCGCUGGUGGCCGAGCUGCUGGCGAGGAACUGGACGGAGACAGAGGUGAGGGCAGCCCUGGCCGAAAACCUGAUCCGGGUCUUCAGAAGGGUGGAGGAGGUGAAGAUGACCCUGCAAGGCACAGCUGCCCACGAGACACCCAUCGCCUUCGAGGAGCUGGAGGGCUCCUGCAGGACCUCCUACGGGUACACCAACAGCGCUGGCACAGCCCGGCUUCCCCCGGCAGCCCUGGUGCUGGCACUGGCCCUGCUCCUCUCCCUGCUCUUUUAGCACCCUGCCCAGCAGGAUGCCAGCAGCUGGCCCGGUGGCAACCAGGCUGAGCCCAACCCUCCUACCCCUUCCCGCCUGCGCACCAGCCCCGCAAAUGAAAUAAAGACGUGCUUUGAGGA